AUGGGAAAGAUCGUGUGCGACUUUACAGGGCAGUCGACCACACGCCCAGCAGAGAAGAGUUGCGCUCUUUCACACAGUUCGACGUCAAUCAUGGCCAAGUCGUGGUUAGUGAUACCGUCAUUGAAAAAGAAGAUGGGGAAACCAGGUAUCACCCGAUCUACCUGCGGCUAUUCGAUGCAACAACGGGUGAGUGGCGCUUUUCAUGCUGUUUUUGUUCAACUUUCUUACUUGUAUCGAAAAGAGACGACAUGUGCUUCGCUUGGCAACCAGUCUAAGCAAUGUUAUGCCUUCGGGUAG